CUACCACUGGAGCAGAUGGGUAAAGCACAGCUGUCUCUUGACUCCUGCAGGGGAAGAAUCAAACAUCUGGAUGUGGUGACCCUGCUGAGACGCAUCCAGCCUCCCCUGGGCUUUGGGAAGUUCUGUCCGCACCGUGUGGCUUGCAAGCGCCUGGUGUGCAUGAACAUGCCUUUGAACAGCGAUGGCACCGUCACCUUCAACGCCACUCUCUUCGCUCUGGUGCGGACUGCCCUCAAGAUCAAGACGGAAGGUAACUUUGAGCAGGCCAAUGAAGAGCUGAGGGCCAUUAUCAAGAAGAUCUGGAAGAGAACUAGCAUGAAACUCCUGGACCAGGUCAUUCCACCAAUUGGAGAGGAUGAGGUGACUGUGGGCAAGUUCUACGCGACCUUCCUCAUCCAGGAGCACUUUAGGAAAUUCAUGAAGCGCCAGGAGGAGUAUUAUGGGUAUUGGCCCAAAAAGAACGCCAUUGCUAUCCAGAUCAGUGCAAACAG